AUGGCAAACCACAACGGUCGUGCCAACCCGCCCCUUGAUGCAUCUGACGAGAACAACAGGGCUGCAGUAGCUGCAAAACUCCUGGUCAUUGUUGCAUGGAUCAAGGCACUUCCAGAAGCAUGUGAAGCCAUCUACACCAACAAAGCCCCUGCAUGGUUUGUCGUGGGCAGUGGUGCAAUCAAGAUUCUUAUUGAAGCCAUCCCCUCCUACGUGUGGCUCCACCUAGCAUACCCUCGCCGCGACCUACGCCGGUGCUGCCCUUCCCUCCCUCCGCCGCGAUUGCGCCCUCCUCGCCUGCGAAUCCCACUGCCGCGAGCGCAUCGCCUGCUCCGGCGCCGCCUGCGCAUCUCGCUGCGACGCCUCGUCGCCGCCUCCCCUUCCCCCUGCCGCGACCCCCCGUCGCCGCCUCCCCCCUCCCGCCGCCGCGCCUUCUUCGGCGCCGCCCGCGCAUCCCUCCUCCGCGACGCCUCCUCAUCGCCUGCCCCUCCCGCUGCCGCGACGUCACGUCGCCGCCUCCCCUUACCGCCUCCGCGACGCCUCGUCAUCGCCUGCCCCUCCCGCUGCCGCGACGUCACGUCGCCGCCUCCCCUUACCGCCGCCGCGCCUUCCUCGGCGCCGCCUGCGCAUCCCGCCGCCGCGACGCCUCGUCGCCGCCUCCCAUCCCGCCGCCGCGACUUCGCGUCGCCGCCUGCACGCCCCGCCGCAGUGACCCGCUCGUCGCCGCCUUCGCAUCCCACCGCCGCGACCCGCUCGUCGCCGCCUGCACGUCCCGCCGCCGCGACGUCGCGUCGCCGCUUGCGCAUCCCGCCGCCACGACCUGCUCGUCGCCGCCUGCACAUCCCGCCGUCGCGACCUAACGUCGCCGCCUGCACCUCCUGCCGCCGCGACCUACUGUCGCCGCCUGUGUAUCCCACCGCCGCGACCUGCUCGUCGCCGCCCGCGCAUCCCGCCGACGCGAUCUACUCGUCGCCGCCCGCGCAUCCCACCGCCGCGACCUACUCGUCGUCGCCCGCGCAUCCCGCCGCUGCGACCUGCUCGUCCCCGCCUGUGCAUCCCGCCACCGCGACCUGUUCGUCGCCGCCUGCCAGUCGCCUCCCCUCCCCGCCGCCGUCGUCACCUACCUUGGAGAUCGCCGCUACCCCGGAGCUCCAGGCUGCCGCCGAUACCACCUUCCUCCACAAUCGCCGCGAGUACCUCAUCCGCAAGGCAGAGCAUGAAGUUGCGGUGCAUCAUCACGAGUUUGCAACAGCAGAGCGCGCCACUCGCCUGGCAUUACUGAAUGAGUAUACCACGGCCAUGGCAGACUACCUCCCCAAGAGCAUCGCAUGGGCCACUGCUGACAACCGCGCCUGCACCAUCCUCCUCAGCGCACUCCCCAACACCCUCAUGCACCGUUUCCAAGCUCGCGAGAUGCACACCUCCCUCAUUUGGGCCAAGCUCCAGGCGAUGUUUGAGUGUCGCGACAUCAGCUCUAUCGGCGCCCUUUUCCAGUACUUCUCGAUCACCCUCGCCACCUGUGACAGCACAGUUGACUACGUGGGGCGCAUGCAGGAGGUCGCUGAUCGCCUUGCGGCACGACAAGCCGCCCUCCCCGAGCCACUGCAAAUCCAUCACCUCCUCUACAACCUCACCCCGGACUACGAGUCCCGCCUCCACACCUUCACUGAGGCCAACCUCAUGGCCGGCCUCGACGACGUGGUCCACUCCCUCAAUGCUACACAGCCGCGCAACGAGGGUGAUCGCAGCAACAGCAGUGGAGGUCGUAGCGCUGGUGGCGGUGGUGGUGGAGGUCGGGGCGGUGGUGGGGGGGGUGGUGGUGGCCGUGGCCGUGGUGGCCGGGGUGGCGGUGGUGGUGGUGCUGGCAGCACCCCUGCUGGAGGAUCCUCCGGUGCUGGUGGUGCUGUGACUCGAGGCGGUCGCCCUGGAACUCUACCCCCAUGCACGUAUGUGAGCCGCCAUGGUCCCCAUGCUGGUACCCUGUGUGGUCAAACCAACCACCCCCCCACCACAUGCUUCAAGGCGCUCGACGACGCCUGGUUUGAUCGAGGUAACACUGGCACCCCUCCUCGCUGGAACAUUGUCACCCCUCGCCCCUCCUUGGUGGAUGUUCAAACCCUCCCCUCUUUCCUUCCUGCUCACCUCCGCCUGUGUCCCCGACACUUCGGGUAG